ACUUUACGGCAAAUCGUGCUAAGAGCGUUGCAGAAAAAGCUUGAAAAUACUACUUUUCAAAUUUCUAGAAACAAAAUGAUUGAGGUGGUUUGUAACGAUCGUCUGGGCAAGAAAGUCCGAGUGAAAUGCAACUCAGAAGACACAAUUGGAGACCUGAAGAAGCUUAUUGCUGCGCAGACAGGAACACGACACGACAAGAUCGUUUUAAAGAAAUGGUAUACAAUAUUCAAGGACCACGUGACUCUUGGUGACUAUGAAAUCCACGAUGGGAUGAACCUGGAGCUGUACUACCAGUAACUGGGAGGCGGACCAACAGUCAAAGAUGUUCAGACAAACCCAGCUCCAAAUUGUCUCAUACAAAAACAGAAUGACGUCAUCAGCUGCAGACCAGAAGUAUCAGAGAACAUCUGGAUGAGAGCGCCAUCUGUAGAGCGAAAAACUUUCACCACUUCAUGUAGGUCUGAGUACAACUAAAAAUCAUUUUAUUGAAAGAUAUG